UUUCAGAUCUCUCCAAUUGUGGUCACACUAUUGCCGUUGUUAUUGAUAAUUUAGUUUGUAUAUAUUGUUCUAUAAAUAUGUUUAAGUUGAUUUUUAAGCAGUAUAAGACGAAAAGUAGUAGUCCUGAUUUAACGGAUGUGAUUAAUGUUGAUGAUAUUGACAUUAAGCAGAAUGAUCCACAAAAAAAUACUAAUAAUGUUCAACGUUUAAUUAUCAGCAAUGAACAAAAUGUUCAGCUGAUUCCCGGCAUUAAAAAGCCAAGUGAUUGGCGAGCUUAUGCACUGACGCAUCAUCCGGGAAUUAUUAUUAUUCGAAACCCAUUUACAGAGCGUGGUCAACGAUACUGGACUGCUCGAUGUCUACGGGACUACCCACGAAAACCGAAUAUUGUUAAUUUGAAUGAAAGACUCUUUAAUGAUGCAGUUAGAUCGGACUGGUGGAAACAGCUUGAUCAGUGCAACGAUAGGGACGAGUUCCAACGGAUAAAAGCGGCAAUGCGCUGGACAACAUUCGGAUAUCAUCACAACUGGGACACGAAGCUAUACGAUGAGCAAAUGCAGUCACCGUUCCCAGAGGACUUGAGCAUUUUGUGUCGUUUGUUUGCAAACGUGUUGGGCUACUGUGAUUUUAAACCGGAAGCUGCUAUAGUAAAUUACUAUCCAGUUGGUAGUACUUUGUCCGGACACACGGAUCAUUCUGAACCUAACAAAUCGGCCCCAUUGCUAUCGUUAAGUUUUGGGCAGACCGCGAUUUUUUUAAUCGGUGGACCGACUUUAGACGAAAAGCCUACAGCCCUUUAUCUUCAGUGUGGUGACGUUUUGAUAAUGUCCGAAGAAUCGCGCCUGUGCUAUCAUGCAGUACCCCGUAUAAUCAAAACUCAGAAAAAUUGGAAUUCUAAGCUGACAAAUGAAGAUAUCGAUGACGCAGAUAAUGGUUCAAAUCUGUUGGAUAUGGAUUUAUUUCAGAAAGUAGGCGACUCCAACUUUUGGCAACCUUUUUCUAAUUAUAUUUAUGAUUCACGCAUUAAUAUUAAUAUACGUCAAGUGUUAAACCCAGGGGACUUAAAGUUAAGUUAAAAUAAAAAAAUGUUAUUUAUUAA